UUUUGUUGUAGUCUUUGGUUGUUUUUUUUUUAUUGUUUUCUUAAAAAUAAAUUGUAUUGUGUGAAAAUAAGCUUGUAGUGUUAUAGCUAGCUUUUAAUCUGUGAAGUGUUUGCUAAUUUAUAAGUCAAGAGAUUGCAAGCAAAAUACUAUAGAUGAUAUUUUUGACCAAUGACGAAGUACAAUGAUACCUCGCGCAGAAGAUAUCAGCCAAGAUAUUAAAGACAAAAAAGACGAAAACGAUUUAAUCUAUGAAUAUGAAAAUAUUAAACAGAUCACCUGGUACGAUCAAUUACUAUUGAAUAGACCAUUGAAGGUUGUCCUAAUCGUAUUACUAGUUACAAUCGCAGCUCCACUUCUAAUCUACCAGUUUUGGUUUUUCCCGAGCGUAGACGCACCACCAGCUGACGGUUAUUCAACGGGAUCAUGUCUCUUGCAAAGAGAAAUCCGCCUCGCCUGUGGCAUUGGCACUAUGAACGAACAAAAUUGCCAUCCUCAAUGUUGCUAUGACGUCAGAAACAGAUUCUGCUUCCACAGACUACCAUCUCGUUUCUCCUACAUUCUUGAUCGAGAGUGGUCUGAAAAAGUUACUCUACAACCCAGAAUAUCAACAACGCCAUAUUCCUUACAAAAUAGUAUACCCAACUUAAGAAUAUCUGUAGAUGAAAUUACACCUACACAUCUAACCCUUAAUUUGUACAAUCCUCAAUUGACAAUAUAUUCUGGAAGUAGAAUUGAAAAUAAAGACUAUAAUUAUUCAAUAUCAUCACCUGAGUUGAAUAUUGUUGUUAAUUCACUUCAAGGUAACAUUUUCAAUACCUUAAGAGGUCCAAUGAUAGCGUCUCGUAACAUUUGGGAGAUUGCUUUCAAAAUAACCAAUGAAUCUAUGUACGGAUUAGGCGAGAUUCCACUAAAAGCUGGCACCGUUAAAGUUAUUUACAAUCACGAUCAAGGAAUUAGUUCAAUUCCAUUAAUAUUUGCUAAAAUUAACGAAUCCUAUCACGGUCUACUGUUAGAUUCUAGUACACCGACUGAAGUAUCAAUACUGGCUGAGAAUCAGAUUGUGGUGCGUGGUAUCACCAGUUUCGGUUUAAGAUUUCAUUUGUUUACCGGACCGAAGCCAGAACAUGUCAUGAGAGAUGUGAUGAAUUACAUUGGUACUUUCAAUAACUUUGAUUACUGGAUGUUUGGACCUCAUAUAUGCAGUGUAUACCCAGGACCUAUAGAUAAUGCUUUUACACAAUUUAAUACAUUCAUGAACUCUGCAUCAAGGCAACGUCUACCUUUUGAAAGUACAUGUGGACCAAUACCGAUAGUUUUUAAAAGUGAUCAUUGCGAUAAUUCUGAAAACGAUAUAAUUAAUAGAGGAUUACGACUGAUAAGAAGAUUUAACAAACGUUUUGUGCCACAUCUAUCACCAUACAUUCGUCAUGAAGUAAAUACAACGAUGGACGAAGAAGAAAUAGACAAUAGCACUAGAAGUUGUGGACCUACUAUUUCAAGAUAUGAAAGAUAUUUAUUAAGAGAUUCUAAUAAUUUAGACCCUUACAUAGGUACAAUAGGCAACGAUACUGUAGUCUAUCCAGAUUAUGGAACAAUAACAGAAGAACUAAUAAAAGAUUUAUGGAUUUAUAAUACUGAUGUGGAUGGAAUAAUUUUAGAAAACAACUGGCCUUUGGAUGAGUCAAAAAAGUUGCAUAACGAAACUUAUUUAUAUUUACCGUACUAUAACAAGAAUUUCGAAAAUGCUUUGAAUCGUACACCACAAUGGAACACAUCUUUACCCAACGACGGUGGUAUAUAUCUUUUCAAACAUAACAUAUACGGGAACAAUUUCAUAAAUGCGACGCAUUCAAUAUUUGAUAAGACAUUACCAAAAUGGUCAUCAAGUCAAUGGAUGAAUGGAGAAACUGUAAUUAACAGACAAAAUGUUGAUACUAGUUGGACAAGCUUACACAGGGAACUGAUAUCCAUGGCAUUAGGUGGUAUCUCCGGCCAUUGGUACUGGUCUUCUCCUGUAUGUGGAGACUCAGAAGACUUCGAUAUUGAAAAUCACAGCCUACUAUGCGUAAAGUGGUAUAUGGCAGGAACAUUUUUCCCAAUACUUACUAUCCAUUCGAAAUCAACACCGAGAGAUCCUAUCCAAUUCGUUGGUACUUACAGGACAUAUAUAAAUAAUGCUUUGAAUCAUAGACUUAAUCUACUCUCUUACUUUUAUACUACACUUCAAGAAGGACCAUUACUUCGUCCAAUGUUCUAUCAAUAUCCUGAAGUAUCAGAAUUAAAGGAUGUCAACAGUCAGUUUAAUGUUGGUGAAAAUUUAUUAAUAAUUCCUAAUUUACAACCGAGUCAAACACAUGUCCAUGUGUGGAUGCCGCCCGGGACUUGGUACGAGAUGUAUAGUGGAUUACGAUUAAAUGCGACAAUUGGCGACGCUGUAACCAUGACGACGACAGAUUCUGAUUUCUUGACUCUAAUUCGAGGUGGAUCAAUUGUACCUUUACAAAAAGAUGUCAAAGCAACAGCGGAACUAACACGCCUAGAAUCAAGUUAUGCUUUUACUAUAGCUUUGGAAUGCACAAUUGAAUCUGAAAACACGAACUGUAAAGCAUCAGGCCACCUCUUCAUGGCACAAAAUAUGACAAUAGAAUUUAAAGCAGAUGCUGAAAAUCUUUACAUAACAGCAAUUGGAGAUGAUUAUGAUAUAUUCUGUAAUACAACGGUUGCAAUUUGGGCAAAUAGAAUACAAGAAAUAAAUAUUUACGGCUUAGAUGAUGAAUUUAAUAAUUACGACAAUCAUAGACGAAUAUUAUCGUCUAUCAACUUAUGUGAAUUAAAAGAUGUACAUGAAAUUUAUUACAAAUAUAUAUAAAUAUGAUCUGUAUGAAUUUGUAAAAAAAUAUAAAUAA